GUCAAGUUUUCAACCAUAAGUUUCUUUCCCUGGUUGCCCCACGUGUUUGUUUUGUUUAGGAUAUUAGCUCCGUCGAUAGAAUUUCAAUUUAAUUUAUUGAAAUAUCUAAUUUGAUAAAGAAACACAUGAGAAUAAAAUGCCUGUCAUGCAAAGAAUAAAGAAACCGACUACUCGAAAGGGCAAGAAAGUUUUGCAAGCUAAGGAACCGAAGCCAGUUGAAGGCCCAAAACAAUGCAUGUUUAUGCAAGGACGCAAUCCAUCAGAACGCACUAGGAGCUUGUUAAAGGAUAUCUAUGAUUUUAAAAAGCCCGAUGCGGUUUAUCUUAACCGUAAAAAUGACUUCGUUCCUUUUGAAGAUGCAUCUCUUAUAGAAAAAUUAUGUGACAAAAAAGAAGCAGCUUUAUUUGGAGUUGGUUCACACAGUAAAAAACGGCCCCACAACAUUGUAUUAGGGAGGACCUUUAACUACAACAUCUUAGACAUGAUAGAGCUUGGAGCUGAGAACUACAAGUCUAUGGAAGAGUUCCACAACAUGAAGGUCUUGGCCGGUUUGAAGCCAUGUCUUUUAUUCAAUGGUCCAGCUUGGGAUUUAAAUCAAGACUUGAAAAGACUUAAAUCUUUGUUUACUGACUUCUUCUAUAGAGAAAAGGUUGAAACAAUAAGACUGCAAGGUUUAGAGCAUGUGCUUAGUUUCACAGCUACAGAUGAUGGCAUGAUCUAUUUGCGUUCAUACAGAAUAUCCCUCAAGAAAAGUGGACAACGCACACCAAGAGUUGAACUUGAAGAGAUUGGACCCUCAAUUGAUUUCAAACUGAGAAGAACAAAGUUGGCGGCAGACGAUCUUUUCAAAGAGGCUUGCAGAAUUCCCAAAGAAACAAAAUCUGGCGUCAAGAAAAACAUAUCGCGAGACGCUUUUGGUUCGAAAAUGGGUCGUAUUCAUAUGGGCAAGCAGGACAUCAACAAAUUGCAGACUCGGAAGAUGAAGGGAUUGAAGAAAACACCAGAAGAAAGGAAACAGAUGCUUCUGAAAAAGAAGAUAGCAAAGAGAGCAGCAAAGUCACCACAAGCUGUAAAAUAAUAUAUAAUAUUAUAUGUCCUUUCAUUCUU